AUGGCUUCGACAAAUUACAAGGAGGCUUUCUCUCUCUUUGACACCCGCGGUGUCGGCCGCGUUUCCCUCGACAAGCUAGGCGACCUCCUGCGUGCCUGCGGUCAAAAUCCGACCCUGGCUGAGAUUCGCGAGCUGGAAAAGAGCAUUGGUGGCGAUUUCGACUUCGAGACCUUCCAGCGUAUCCUCAACCGGCCAGGCGGUUUCCGUGACCCAGGCGAGCCCGAGGAAUACUGCCGCGGUUUCCAGGUGUUUGAUAAGGACAUGACUGGCUUCAUCGGUGUUGGCCAGCUCAAGUACAUCCUGACAAAUCUGGGUGAGAAGAUGACGGAGGAGGAGGUCGACGAGCUGCUCAAGGCCGUCGACACGAGCAAUGGUCAGGUGAAUUACACUGAGCUUGUCCGGACCAUCCUUUCCAACUAA